AUGUUAGUCACUGCUGUAAUUGAUGAUUUCAGCAAUGAUGGGCAUGAGGAAGGUGGGCAACUCACAGAAGCUGUGAGGAGGCAGCCAUAUAGUGUCAUACUAUUUGAUGAAGUUGAGAAAGCACACCCCACUGUUUUAAAUACAUUUCUUCAAAUUUUGGAUGAUGGAAGGUUGACAGAUGGCGCAGGCUGCACAAUUGAUUUCACCAACACAAUAAUCAUUAUGACUUCAAACCUUGGAGCCGAGUAUCUCUUGAAAGGAUCAAUGGGCAGUUGUACAAUGGAGGGUGCUCGGGAAUUGGUAAUGCAAGAGGUGAGGAAAGACUUCAAGCCCGAGUUUCUUAAUCGACUGGAUAAGAUUGUGGUAUUUGAUCCUCUUUCUCAUGAGCAAUUGAUAAAGGUUGCCGAGCUUCAGGUGAAGGAUGUGAAAUUCCGCCUUGCAAGGAUGGGUAUUACCUUACGUGUGACUGAACAAGCAUUGAUGUCAGGACGAGGACGUGGUCGUGGUAGGCGUGGCAAGCCUAGAUGGCAUGAGGUGCCAUUACCAAAUGAAAUUUUGGUGCAGGAAGAAGGGGUUGGUCAAGCCAAUGUGGCAGAAUCAGUAGGCUAA